AUUUGAUUUGAUGCGUCAUUUUGUAAUGUAACCUUAAUUUACCAUUGAUGGAUUGAUACCCUAGGAAAUAUAUAUAUAUCAUAUAUAUCAGAGUGAUCUAAAGCUUGUAUUUAAAAAAUAAAAAUAGGGGCGAGAUACUCUGUACAAUACUGGUUGUCGUUUCAAGCGAAAAAGAACGAACUUUAUAGUCGUUUCGGUUACGUGCCAAUUACCGUUAUAUAAUUUUCAAAUUGCAUCAUAAUCCUUCGCCGGCCAUUUCUUCCAGAUCUGCUCCGUCUCUCCAAUUUCCCCCAAUUCCAAAAACCCUAAUCUUCCACACACAUAGACAUCACCCAAUUCACCAACACCAGCACUCCUUUCUCUCUCCACACCCAUCUCAAUACCACCGGCAUUGACCACCCCUUAACCCAGUUCGAGUCUCAGUCCAGACGACGGCGUUUCACCAAUGCACCCAAAUUAGGGUUUUGAAGGGAUCCCAAAGCCUCUCAAUUUCUCACAACCAAGCUCAAAGACCGAGACUUUACAAUGCAGGGCUCGUCGUCGAGCUCUGCGGCUCAGCCGGAGGCCAUACUGGAGUGGCUUCAGAAGGAAAUGGGGUACCGACCCUUGGGCCCUUACGGUGGCGCCGCCUCCAGCAAAUCCCAAUUGCCGUCAAUCGACGCCGUGAGGAAGAUUUGCAGGGGGAACAUGAUACCCAUUUGGAACUUCUUGAUCACGCGCGUGAAGUCGGAGAGUACUGUGAAGAAUAUUCGGAGGAAUAUUACGGUGCACGGCGACAGCGGCGGCGCGUUGGUGAAGUUGGGGAAGGAGGAGGGGAGGAGUAAAGGGGGGAGGAGGAAGGAGAAGGCUGGGGAGAGUUCGAGUGCGGCGGAGGUCAGGGAGGCGGCGCUGCAGGAGAGGGUGGCGGCGGAGAAGGAGGUGGAGAAGUUGAGGAAUAUUGUCAAGAGGCAGAGGAAGGAUUUGAAGGCUAGAAUGCUGGAGGUUUCGAGGGCCGAGGCCGAGAGGAAGAGGAUGCUUGAUGAAAGAUCAAAGAAAAGGCAUAAGCAGGUGAUGUUGGACGCGUACUAUCUACAGUGUGAGGAAGCGGAAAAAAUAUUUGCAGAGUAUCAUAAACGUCUCUGUUAUUAUGUUAAUCAAGCCAGGGAUUCUCAAAGGUUAAGUGUGGACUCGUCUCUUGAAUUGGUUAAUAGCUUUAGUUCCAACAGUGAAAAGGAGGCUGUUUAUUCAACACUUAGGGGCAGUAAAGCUGCAGAUGAUGUGCUUCUUAUUGAAACCACUCGGGAAAGAAACAUACGGAAGGCCUGUGAAUCUCUUGCAGCACAUAUGAUUGAAAAGAUUCGCAAUUCCUUUCCUGCGUAUGAAGGAAGUGGUAUUCAUUUAAGUCCUCAGUUAGAAGCAGCCAAGUUAGGAUUUGAAUUUGAUGGGGAAUUACCUGAGGAGGUCAGAGGUGCAAUUCUGAAUGGCCUGAAGAGUCCUCCUCAGUUGCUUCAGGCAAUUACAUCAUACACAUCACGAUUGAAAUCUCUAAUUUCCAGAGAAAUAGAGAAAAUAGAUGUAAGAGCUGAUGCAGAAACUUUAAGGUACAAGUAUGAAAACAACCGAGUUAUAGAUGUUUCUUCUCCUGAUGUGAGUUCACCUUUACACUAUCAACUUUAUGGUAAUGGAAAGAUAGGAGUUGAUGCACCAUCAAGAGGAACUCAGCUUCUUGAAAGACAGAAUAGUCGGGCUAAACCCCAAUGCCAUAGAAGAUCAUACUGUUUAAAUAAAGCCCAUGUUCAGCAAUUUUUGGCUACUGAAGAUGCACUGAACAAAGCUGCAGAAGCUAGGAGUCUGUGUCAAAAUCUUAUAAAGCGUUUGCAUGGAAAUAGUGAUGGAGUUUCUUCAGGCAUAUCACAGAAUGUAGGCAGUCUUAGGCAACUUGAGUUGGAGGUUUGGGCCAAGGAAAGAGAAGUUGCCGGCUUGAGGGCUAGCUUGAAUACGCUAAUGUCUGAAAUACAGCGCCUGAAUAAAUUAUGUGCAGAAAGAAAAGAAGCUGAAGAUUCAUUGAAAAAGAAGUGGAAAAAGAUUGAAGAAUUUGAUUCCCGCAGAUCUGAACUGGAAACCAUAUAUACUGCUCUACUAAAAGUUAACAUGGAUGCUGCCGCCUUCUGGAAUCAGCAGCCAUUAGCUGCAAGGGAGUAUGCAUCAAGCACUAUUAUUCCAGCAUGCACAAUAGUUAUGGAUCUUUCAAAUAAUGCAAAAGAUCUUAUUGAAAAAGAAGUAUCUGCUUUUGAUCAAAGUCCUGAUAAUAGUCUCUACAUGCUUCCAGCAACUCCACAGGCACUAUUGGAGUCAAUGGGUGCAAACGGCUCGACUGGACCUGAAGCUGUUGCUGCUGCAGAAAAGAAUGCAGCUAUAUUAACUGCAAAAGCAGGUGCUAGGGAUCCAUCAGCAAUACCAUCCAUAUGUCGUGUAUCAGCCGCCCUUCAGUAUCCUGGUGGUCUGGAGGGUUCAGAUGCUGCUUUAGCAUCAGUGUUAGAGUCGCUGGAGUUCUGUUUGAAACUUCGUGGUUCUGAGGCUAGCGUGUUGGAGGACUUAGCAAAGGCAAUCAAUUUGGUCCAUACACGACAGGACCUUGUUGAAAGUGGUCAUGUGCUGUUGAACCAUGCCUAUAGAGCUCAACAAGAAUAUGAUAGGAAAACGAGUUUUUGUUUAAAUUUGGCUGCUGAGCAAGAGAGAACUGUCACAGAGAAAUGGUUGCCAGAACUUAAGACUGCAAUUUUGAAUGCUCAGAAGUGCUUGGAAGACUGCAAUUAUGUUAGAGGAUUGCUUGAUGAAUGGUGGGAGCAACCAGCGGCAACUGUUGUUGACUGGGUCCUAGUUGAUGGAUUAAAUGUCGCUGCUUGGCACAAUCAUGUGAAGCAGCUUCUUGCAUUUUAUGAUCAGGAGCACAUGUGAACAUUCUUUGAACACUCAAUGAAGCAAGACGUGUUUUGGACCUCCUCCUGUCUUCCUUUCUCAAUUGUGCCACUUAGCGACACUAUAAAUAACCUUGUAAACCGUAGCCCUGUCUGAAAGUAACAUCUAUACUGUACAGUUAGGAGUGCAACGGAGCCAUACACUGAGAUCACCACAGCCAUCAUUGGACUUGGGGAAGAGGAGGAGGGUAGCCCCGGCGGAAGGAACAGGUCUGGGUCCUCUGGAUCUUAGUUGCUCUGUAGCUUGUAUCAUAACUUUGUAGCUUGGUUUCUAGUGGAUAUUCUCAUGGUGGGUAGUGUUACUGUACUGGUUUCAUUUGUACUUUCAUUUGAAUCAAAGGGCAGCUGCUUGAUGACAGCCACCAUUGUUGAUAGAAAUACUUCAAAUUUUGUCCUUGGUAAAUAUGAACAGAUUUUUUUUCUUUUGCCAAAAUUAAAUA